UAUUAAUUCGCGUUCUUCUGUUUUUUUCCAAACAGCCCCAAAUACGUAAAUUUGCAUUGAAUAAUAGUUGAAAAUGAAAUAAAGUUAUUUUUUAAAUAAUCAAUACAACGUCAGUGAGUCGAAUUGGUGCGACGUACGGUGUUCAUCAUGGCAAUGUUGACGCGUCGUACAUCACCCGGCUCACCGAAAGCUUUACAACGUUUUCAAAACUGCAUAUCCUUUCUCUGGCCGUCAUUGCAUUCAGGUACAUCUCAAGACAAUAGAAUACAGCGUAAGUCCACCCAACUGGACACAAUUGAUUGUUUAACGAAUGAACUAGUGAGUCGCAAUUCAAAGAAAUGGGAUGAACUACGAGACACGCUUAUUAAGAAAACCAACAAAAGUGAUUUAAGUGCACACAACUUUAGUGAUCACAACGAAAUGGUAUCUACGAGUUUCGGUCAGAAUGUGAAUAUGUUGUCCAAAGGUGUUGUAAGCGAUUUACAAGCUAUUCGUUCACCACAACUGGGGCUAGAUAUACGUUCUUUAUCUCAAGCACAACUGGACAAUUUAUUAUUAUCUACGGUGGAAAUAAAAAAUAAACCAGAUUUUCUAUACCUAAUCAGGCAAUGUUUACGUCACAAACAGUUACCAUCGAAUGAAGUACUCUUGGCUUGUCUUAAAUACCUCAUGCAAUUGUGUCGUUUGCAACAGAUUGACUCAUUGGCAGAUUUGUGUAAGCUACAUGAACAUCCACUUGUUAAAACCUAUGCCAAUUUCGCACCGUUCAAAGCAAUGGCACUAUGGCGAAGUGGAAGUGCCGAUAUAGCUUUAAUGACAUUGCAUCGCGGCUAUGGGGACUGUAUGGAAACGGAUGAAGGCAGGCGAAUGACGCGUAACGUAUUUCGUACUAUUGUUGAAGAGACAUUAGUGCAAAAGAGCGAUGCGGUCUUAGUGUCACUGAUGCAAGUGGCACGCUCAAUAUAUAAAGAACAAAAAGAUAUUUUUGUUGUCGCCUGUGUGUGGAAACAGUGUUUCGCUAGUGAAUGGUUCUGUGACCAAAAAUCCGCAGCAGAGCUUUAUGAACAUUAUAAAGAGCUACAAUUACUUGUCGCGCGACGUUCAAGUUCUCUUUGUUCAUCAUUUUUACGUGCGAAUAAUGUUGAUGCUGUACAUCGGCUAAUUGAAGCGUUUUUACAAAAAGAUCAACGAGAAGCUUGCGCAAAUUGUCUGGGUCAAUUGUUUAAUCACCAAUAUUUGCGGAGUGAUUUAAGAGCUUGUGCUGAGAUCAUUAAGUCUUGCAGUGAACUAGGAAUGCCGCUAAGCGCAGUUCAAAAUGAACAAUUUUUAAGUUUGUUCCUUAAUCAACCGGCAAAAACUGCUGUACGCAAUGUGGGUCAUCAAUCAAAACCAAUUAAAGAGUUCCAGUAUAAAUUUUAAAAUAUCGCGAAAUAAAAUAUGACUUCAGAUGGUACUUUAUUUUUUUUUAAUUAUCUGUAAACGUUUUUGAAGUAAGCGAAACAUAUAGUAUUUAUUUUUUGUUGUUAAAUAGCGAAAUGUUACACUUUACACCUGACAAAUAUUUGUAAACUUGCACUAAUAAUUAAUGGUUCACUAUUCAAAGUUCUAAAUAAAGCAAUAAACAGUUCAAUA